AUGUCUAAUGCGGCCUUUUGGCUGAUCACAGCAUUGCUUCUGUACAAAUACAUCCUGUACCCGUUAUGCCUGACGUCUCUGUCCAAAUUACCAUCUGCGCAUUGGUCUUGUUCCAUAUCGCCCAUAUGGAUCCUUUGGGCUCGAUUCCAGAGUCGCGAGAACAAGACGCUGUUUGAGGCGCACGAGAGAUGCGGGCCCAUCGUCCGAGUUGGUCCCCAUGAAGUGUCUAUUGCCGACAUGGAACUCGUCAAGGAUGUCUACCAGGGCGGUUUUGACAAGCAUGAAUGGUAUUCUGUGUUUAAUAACUACGGAGUUCCGUGUGCCUUCUCCGCACAGGAGUCAAAACAUCAUUCAGUGAGAAAACGCAUGGUAUCUCAUGUCUACUCAAAAUCGUUUCUUCAUUCUUCCAUCGCCCUGGCAUCUCAGUGUGAUGAAGUUAUUAAUUCGAGAUUGUUGCCAUUACUUGAUUCAUCCAACGGUCACGGUAUUGAUGUGCAUUCCCUCUUUCCAGGCACGGUGAUGGACUUGAUAUCGGCUUACUGUUUCGGUCUCUGCAACGGAUCCAACUUCAUUCAACGCAAGGGUUAUCGUGAACACUGGCUGGCUUUGUACAAGGUCCGAAAGACGAAUGGCUUCUUCAUGCAAGAACUGCCCCGACUCUCCAGGGCGUUGCAACUACUGGGAUUGAACCUGACACCGCAUUGGGCCACUGCCGCAAACAAGGAGCUCGAAGCCUGGUGUAAAAGUCUUUCGGACGCCGCCAUUGCCAUGGUGCAGAAUCCAGAUUUGUCUUCAUACGAACAGACUGCCAAUGACCCCGUCGUCGUGCGCUCAAUCUUGUCGGGCAUCGAAAAGGUGGAAUCGCAAAUCUCUCCCGAGAUGGCGGCCACGACAGUCUACUCACCCUUGCUUCGCCGGCGGGAGCUCUCGGUGGCCUCCGAGGUCUUUGACCACGUCCUUGCCGGCCAGGAGACGACGGGCGUCACGCUGACCUAUCUGACCUGGCAUCUCUCCCGAUCGCCGACCUUGCAAAGCGAGCUGCGAGCCGAGCUCCUGGGCUUGACGCCGAAUAUGCAUCGACGCGGUGGUGAUGGCGUAGGUGGUAAAACCGCCAGCAUGCCGGACCCGAAACAACUGGAUGCCUUGCCCAUACUACAGGCCGUGAUCCUCGAGACCGUGAGACGCUAUGCACCAGCCGGCGGCCCCGAGCCGCGCGUCACCCCUUCACCGUCCUGCCGCGUCGGGCUGUACGAGAUCCCUGGGAGUGUCCGUAUUUCAGCAUCAGUAUACAACCUGCACCGGGACGAGAGGUGUUUUCCGAGCGCCGAGACAUGGGAUCACAGGCGAUGGUUACGCGAGUCUGAGCAGGACGAUUCAAAAGAAGAGGAAGAAGAAGCGCGAGAGCAGAGGCAUCGGCAAUUCUGGGGGUUUUCGAGCGGAGGGCGAAUGUGUCUGGGGUCCAACUUUGCCAUGUAUGAGAUGAAGUUGUUGAUUGCUGCCAUAUAUUCCAAUUUUGCCAGCCGUAUUGUAAAUGAUGAUGGUAUCGAGCCGACCGACGGCUAUACGGCUCACCCCCAGAGCGGGCAGCUUUGGCUGGGCUUUGAUAGAAUCACUCAACUCUAG